AUGCUUCCUCAGCAUCGAAAAGACCUUGAACGAGAACAAAGUGCCCAGAAUGUCUUCCUUUUCGGCUGUAACAUAUCUAAAUUGUAAGUGAUUUAUCAUUUUGUGAUUUUUUUAGUUCUCCGACCGUUCAGUUCCUCCUCCUAUGCUCGGCCGUCUUCGUAUGUUAUUGUGGGUAUGGGUUCAUGCAGGAAUUGAUCUUCCGAAAGGAUGGCAUGAAACCGUUUGGAUGGUAUCUAACCCUUAUUCAGUUCUGUAUAUACUCUCUCUUCUCAACUGCUGAAGCUAAGAUGACUACUGAUAACAUUCGAAGGUAAGAUUUUAUUUUUGUGACAGAUUUUUGUUUAGAAUUCCAAUGCAGACCUAUUUUCAACUGGCCUUUUACACUGUGGCUACUAUGGGGCUAUCAAAUGCUUCUGUUGGAUAUUUAAAUUAUCCCACACAAGUCAUCUUUAAAUGUUGUAAAUUAAUUCCUGUGCUUGUCGGGGGUAAGCACAUAAUAUUCUUCUAAGUUUGGUAGGUAUUUUAAUUCAGGGAAAACGGUUCGGGUUCUACGAUGUGAUGGCCGCAGGACUAAUGAGUUUGGGUCUAAUCUUCUUCACUUUGGCGGAUAACAGCGUCUCUCCGAACUUCGAUCCACGAGGUUAUUUUAUGAUCACAUUGGCUUUGGUGGCAGAUGCGAUUAUUGGAAAUGUACAGGAGAAGGCGAUCAAGGCUCACCAAGCCCCCAAUUGUGAGGUGGUCCUAUAUUCUUACUCCAUUGGAUCCGUUUAUAUUUUUAUCGGAACCUUACUGAGUGCCGAAUUCUUUGAUGCUUUUUCUUGGUUUGCUGAGGUGAGCUAUCUGUUAUUAUCAUUUAAAAAUUUGAGAAAGUUUGGCGAAUAUGGCUCUGUUGCAGAAUCCAUCACAAUAUGGGAAUGCGGUCAUCUUUAGUGUAUUGGGAUACCUGGGUAUUAGCGUGGUGUUAACCCUGGUCAGAACGUACGGCGCGCUAAUUGCUGUUACUGUGACCACCAUGCGGAAGGCGGUGACUAUCGUCCUCUCCUUCCUCUUCUUCUCCAAACCAUUCACCCUAAAUUAUUUAUGGUCAGCCGGUCUUGUUGUGCUCGCGAUAUACUUAAAUAUUUAUUCCAAGAACCAGCAGAAAGUGGACGCCCUUCUGCAACGUUGGAUUUAUCAACGGAAACCUUUGAAGAAUCAGGCAAACAGUGUUUAA